AUGUCCGAGCCCUAUCGGAGUCACUCGGCCAGUGGUGGAAGUGGAGGUGGGAGGGGAUACGUCGGCAACAACUCUCGGGGAGCAGCUCAACAAAACUAUUUGCGCUCGCGGACACCGAGCUUCGAUAAUGGAGAUGAUGCGACUUACUUUGAUGGGGGAACCGGUGUCGGCGCCCGUCAAAGCAUCAGGGGCCCUGAGGAGUUGUUCUACGAUCGUGCUUAUUCCACCCCUCACGAUCCGAGUAGACGGGGAUCUGUGGGCCCGAUUUCCACUUCUGCCGUGGGCCGCACCCAGAGCCAGGCCAGUUCUGGUGGUUAUUUCGCUGUUACUCCUGGUGGCCAAUAUUCUCCCGCCUUCUCCAACACUUCUUAUGAUACUGCUCCAUCGUCGGCUCCGUAUCCUACUACUCCUGGGUCCGGGUACAAUGGAUCUCAACAUCAGCCGUACAAUCCAGCUGCUUAUCAAGCCCAACCCCAACGUCAUGCCACGAGUGCAGGUUUUGGCGUGUCUCCCGAAUAUCAGCCUCAAAGACACGCGACUACCGCUGGUGUUGGUAACUACAAUUCUGGGCAGUUUUCGCCUACCACGGCCACUUAUAAUCCAAGCACUUUUAAUACUGCCUCUUAUCCCACUGGCACGUAUCGGACUGGUGCGGUACCCCAGACCGCCCCAUUGCAAUCUCAUCCUUCGCAAUCAUUUGGGGGUGGGCCUGGUUAUUCUCAGUAUGCCACUAGGCCGCAAUACGCUACUACGUCAAGCCUCUAUGGGUCAGGUCAACCAUACUCUCCGGGUCUCCUUCCACCCCCUCCGGCGCAGUCUGCUCCUCCCCAAAGCACAUACCAACCUCCACCCCCACCUCCCCCUCCACACCCCCCCGGAUCGCCAGGGUUUGCGCCGGGAUCUUAUGGGCAGCCUCUAUUUGGCUCCACUGCCUACCAACAUAGUUCUCUAAGUCACCAAACCUCUGUUUCUCAGGGGAACAAGUCUUAUCUAACUAGGCCUGAAACGCACUACAACUCGGGUUCGGAUAGCGAUAUCUCCGGUCCAGAUCAGGUGGGACACCCCCUCCCAAUCCCUCCCAAGGAUCGACCGGAACCCCUGCAAAACACGGGCUACAACGUUGCUGGCACGAACCCUUUACCCUCGCCACCUCCUCCGACACCGCCCUCGCAUGGAGCUUUUCGCCAGGGGCACAGUGUCGAGGAUUCACGGCACCCGCAAGCAAGACCACUGCCUCACGCACCUCAUGGAGUACACGACAAAGGGCGACAACGUAAAGAGCAAGAGGCAGCAGAAGAAUUAUACGCGGACGUCGAGGCAUCAUUAGCAGAGAUGGAGAACAAGCCACAACAAGCACCCGGCCGUCGGCCUGUUCCCAUGAAUGACCAACAUGAGGAGGGUCCGGCUCCUUUAUUCGGUGGUGCUGGCCGAGUACCUUACUCGCAAAACGGUUCAGGCCCUACCAACGGCCAUCUUACGACUGCUCAGACACGGUACGGAUAUUAUUCGGGCGAGAGCGACGCGGAGGCCGCAGAGGGCUUAGCGAUGAUGAGACUCGCUGAAGUUCAAGAAGAGAGGGAACGGAGGGCGAUGGAGGACCCCUCGACACAAACACCCCCGAACAAGACAACCGAAGAUGUAGAGAGUGAUAGCGACUUUCCGCCAGGGGUGGAUAUGACCAUGUAUGGUGGGUUUCCUGGAAUGUCGGGCUUUUACGGUGCCGAUUCAUAUGGUGGAAAUAAUGAUAUUCCGGUCCUACCAACCUACAAGUCGGUCCCGCCCCCACCACCUGCUAGGGGUAAUGACAUGGGGCGUACGUCUAGUGCUGCUGGCUCGUCUUCUACGGCUCCAAGACUUCCAGAAUAUUCUCAGUUUGCGAUCCCGAAUGAUAUGGAUGUUCACCCGUUUCCACAGUUUCAGAAUGCUCGGGUGGAUACUUGGGGAACUGGAGGGCUUGCGGAGCCAUCUUCCCAGAGAAGGCCUAUGUCGUAUGACGAUGGCGAUGAAGAUGUUGAUAGAUCGGGGUCACAAAGUCCUUCGAAGCUGCAGAACGACUCGGAUGACGAUCUCCCAGAGUUAUUCUACCAUCCUCCUGCAGGCGGCGUUUACGGUAGCCCGGUUAAUACGAGGCCUCUGCCGAGUCCGCCCUACAAUGAUCUCAUGGCGACUGGUAGCUUGCCGUAUCCAGAGGAUUUACCGCCCUACCAGCAGCAGUUUCCAGUCGCCGGCAGAGUACAAACGAUGCGGCCGUAUGCUACGCCUACUUCUGCCGAGGUCAUCGGACCUACAAUGCCUGUUCUUGGACCUGGACCUCAAUUCCCGAGAUCCACGAGCAUGUCUAGUCAUACCAGCACCCCACCGACCAUACCCCCAAUUCGAUCCAAGACAGACGGGAAAGCGCAUCCAGCGCGCGGACACCGACAGUCGGCGCUUCCAACUGGGGCUCAAACCCUUGCGGUCAAUGCUGAGGAACUCACGCUCAAUGACUUACCUCCGAUACCCUUAACAAAGAAGUUCGAUCCGAAGAAGCUGAGUAGUCGCGAUUUUAGAAAUUGCCCGACACCAUGGGCAUUGAGCGCAAUUCAAGCGUGGCUGAAGGAGAUGACUGAGGGUGAACAAGAUCUUAAACAACCUGCGGUGGAGGAAGGUAUCGUGGCUUUGUUCACGCAUUACGUUCCUACCAUGAAUGUUGCGGAUGCGGAAGCACUCGCGGUUAGAGUUGUCUCUGGAAUGAUAAAGGAGCGCGCUCUUGUCAUAGAUGAGGAAUGGGUUAAGUUUGGAGAGGGUGAAGUGUCUGGUGUUAUUUUCCAGAUCACUGGUAACGGAUGCUAUGCUCCAAAAUUGCAUGAGAUCGAGUGCCCUGGAAGAUGUUAUGCUCACCAUUGCGCGAGGACAUUACGGAAGAUUACGCUGUCGCAACAUCCAGACGAAUUCGACAAGAAGAAGGAGGAUUGGGCCACUUUCUGGAAAAUCAAGAAGGAGGAUAUUGCUGAUGUUAGUAAAAAGGAGAUCGAGCGACAGAACAAUUUGCACGAAAUUGUGCAGACCGAGGAUGAGUACAUGGAGCACAUGAGGGUUUUGAAAGCGCUAUAUCGUGAUCCUAUAGCCAAUACUCAGCCGCCAAUCAUUAAACCAACCAGAUUGGAUGGUUUCGUCAAAGAUGUGUUUGGUAAGGCUGAUGCCGUAAGAAAGGUUUCCGAGGAGCAUUUGCUCCCCCAACUGAAGUUCCGACAGCGCGAGCAGGGCCCUUGGAUCGUUGGGUUCAGCGAUAUUUUCCGAGAAUGGAUCCGAAAGGCAAAGACUGCGUAUCUAGAAUAUGCGGCGGCAUUCCCGAAGGCAGAUAUGCUUGUUCGAAGAGAAGCCGAGCGGAACCUUCUUUUUAGGCAAUUCCUCGAACAGUGCCGACAAGAUCCCCGAUCUCGAAGAUUGGAUUGGGUUACUUUUCUGAAGGCGCCCAUCACUCGAUUGCAAAGAUACUCUCUACUGCUUUUCACGGUGUUAAAGCACACUGUUAUUGAGGGCGAGGAGAAGGAGAUACUCCAGAAGGCUAUCGAGGAGAUCAAGGCGGUCACGUUAGAAUGUGAUGCGCGCGUCGAUGAGAUGAGCAAACGUGUGGCACUUUGGGAGCUGGACACAAGGUUGAUGAUGAGGCAAUGGGACGUGGACCUCAGGCUUGACGAGAAGGGCAGAGAAUUAAUCUUCAAAGGGGAUUUGCAGAGAAAUGGGAAUAACAGAUUUACCUGGUUGGAGACUCAUGCAAUCUUGUUUGAUCAUUAUCUGGUCUUGGCAAAGACUACAAUGCAAAAGGACGCGCAUGGUGGAGCCAAACAUGGGAGGUACGACGUUUCUAGAAUGCCAAUUCCUAUGGAUUUGCUUGUCCUGGAAAGCACCAAUGACGAGCCGGUUGUCAGGAGCACAGCAAACAGACUUGGUAUCGGAGGCCCUACAGCAGCAGCAAAGGAUAAGAAUGAGCAAAAGUCCGGCAGACACAAUACCAUAGCCGCAACUCCUAGUCCUGGAGCACUCACACAUUCUAAUACUGGUUUAUCUACUACUUCUACCAAUACUGCUCCCGGUAGGCUGGUCACUGCGUUACCAGAUCGCAGUGCAGGCGACGACCGUGUGAUGUAUCCUUUCCGCAUCAAGCAUCUUGGAAACCGUUCCUUCAAGGCGGACGACAAUACCUAUAUCUUAUAUGCUCCAACUCAGCAGAAUCGUAUGGACUGGUGCGAGAAGAUCAUUCAGGCUAAGGAACGCCAUGCGCAGAGCCUUCAUGCGCAGAAUGCUGAGCCUUUCCGAUUGAAGGUUAUGGCGGAUACUGCCUUUGGGUACGAAACCACUGCUCAAUCGGGACCUAAACCGAUUAUUGUCCGGGGUACCCCUCUUGAUCGUGCCAUCGGGGAGGUUGAGAAGAUGUACGAGAAGGCGCCAGGACCAAGGCCAGGCGUUAUCUGCAGAGCGAGUGUCAAUUGUGCGACUGCUUUUACGGUCAAUUAUGGUAGAGAAAUGGUGGCCAUUGGAACGGAUUAUGGUGUUUUCACGGCAGAUGCGAAGAACCCUCGAGGUUGGCAACGGUCUAUCAACCUCCCCAAAGUGACUCAAAUCGCCGUCCUCGAAGACUUCAGUCUCUUCCUCGUCCUCUCGGACAAAUCCCUAAUAGCCUACCACUUGGAUGUAGUAAUUCCCCCACCUGGCGCCUCUCCAGAUGCCGCCGUCAAGCAGCGCCCGCCGCAGAAACUCUCGGGCGGAAAAGACGUCGGCUUCUUCGCGACCGGCCGGAUGAAAGAGCGCAGUUUAGUAUUCUACAAGAAGCGUGAGGGUCUCUCUUCAACAUUCAAAGUCCUCGAACCUGUGUUCCAGAAAGCACCCGAGAAGAAGUCUCGCUUCUCACGGAAGGGCACUACCGGCUUCUUCCAGGAAUUCGACGAGUUCUAUAUCCCCACAGAUUGCUACGGGAUUAACCUUUUCCACUCGUCACUCGCUAUUCAGACUAGCAAGGGAUUUGAAGUCAUGACCCUAGACAAGAAGCAGGCCUGGUCCGUACCGGAGCUUAAAGCCUCCCACGUUACUCUCAUCGCCAGUCGAUUACAGGGCCAGAAGCCCCUAGGCAUGUUCCGUCUUUCAGAUAUCGAAUUCUUGCUUUGCUAUGAAGAAUGCGCCGUCUACGUCAACAAACACGGCGACAUCUCCCGCAGUGUAAUCAUGGAAUUUGUCGGCAAGGCCAAGUCCGUCGCCAUCUACGGCCCUUAUAUCCUCAUCUUCGACAACGACUUUGUCGAAAUCAGGAACGCCGACAAUGGCCGCCUGCGCCAGGUCAUUGCCGGUAGGGACUGCCGGUGCAUUGAUGAUGCCCAGUGCGGUGGUAGCGCCGGCACUAGGACUAUUAAAGUUGCCAUGGCGCAUCCUGAGGUUGAAGGGAGGCAAUUGGUUGUUGAGUUGUUGGUUAAUGAGGGACAGGAGGAUUAGCAAUGAUAGUGGGAGCGGGAGAAGUGGGAAGGGGUGUACAUACAUUUGAAGUGUUGGGCGGGUGGUUCAUUCCUAUUUCAAUUACUUUCUCAUCUUUCUUCCCGGAUAUCUCUUCCUGGUACUGUCUUAUCUUAUCCUUUUCCUUUUAUAUCAAUCUUUGCCUCUUCAUUUCCCGUCCAACCUGUUUUGUGUGUUCGUGUGUGAAUGCGGGCGUUUUUUCUUUUUCUAUUUUUCCCCUUUCCAUAUUUCGAUCUUCUAACAUUUUACUUUCCAUGUUGAGUUUACUGAUUAGUUGAUUGAUUGAUUGGUCGGUUGGUUGGUUGGUUUAUAUCCUGCAUUGAAUUGGGUUUAUGAUGUUUUGUUCCGAGAAUGACUGCUAUGAUUCGAUCCGGGUGGUUUUUCGUAGGGGCUUUGUUUACGGAAAAUUAAAAUCAAUGGAUGUGAUUGAUUUGUUCUGAG